AUGCCUAUUGUGGGUCUAGGAACAUGGAGGGCAGACCCAGGAAAGGUCACAGAGGCCGUUAAGGUGGCAAUAAGUGCUGGUUACAGACACAUUGAUGGUGCUUACAUAUACCACAAUGAAGCAGAAGUCGGAGCUGGCAUUCAAGCAAUGAUCAACCAAGGAUUGGUAAAGAGGGAGGAUCUAUUUAUUGUCAGUAAGCUGUGGUGCACCUUCCACAUUCCAUCUCUGGGGAGAGGAGCCUGUGAGAAGACGCUCAGUGACUUGAAACUGGACUACCUGGACCUUUGCCUCAUGCAUUUCCCUUUCGGAGCCAAGGUUUGGAUAUCACAUUUUUCUUUUCUUUCUUCUUUCUUUUUCUUUUCUGAUGGCAGCAACUUCUUGGAUACCUGGGAGGCCAUGGAAAAGCUGGUGGAUGCUGGGUUGGUCAAGGCUAUCGGCAUCUCCAACUUCAACAAAGACCAGAUUGAAGCCAUACUCAACAAGCCAGGACUCAAGUACAUGCCUGACAACCACCAGAUCAAGUGCCACCCCUACCUGACCCAGGAGAAGCUGAUCAACUGCUGCCACUCAAAGGGAAUCUCAGUGACUGCUUACAGCCCCCUGGGCUCCCCUGACAGACCCUGGGCUAAACCUGAAGACCCCUCACUGCUGGAAGAUCCGAACAUAAAAACCAUUGCUGAGAAGCACAAGAAGACAUCUGCUCAGGUCCUGAUUCGCUUCCAAAUCCAAAGGAACGUGAUCGUGAUCCCCAAAUCAAUCACACCUGAGCGCAUUGAGGAGAAUUUCCAGGUGUUUGACUUUGAACUCACUGAGGAGGAAAUGAAAACUAUAGCAGGAUUUAACAGGAACUGGAGAGCCUGUCCUAUGCAAUGGGGCACAAAGCACAAGGACUAUCCAUUCAACACUGAAUUCUGAAAUAAAAAAUGCAGAUUUUCCGCAGGUUUACAGUGGGUGCUGGAGUUUGCAUCUUCACCUUCUCAGCUGCUCGUGUUCAUGCUCUUUAGGGCGGUUUGCAAAAUUAGCGUGGCAUUUCUCAGAAGAAACAUUGACCUCUUUAGUUACCCAUAUUGUCUCGACAAAAACUUGUUACACACACUCCUAAGACUUACUUGUACCAAAUUUUACAUGCUCAUUGAUACAGAUUAGAGCCGUUUUGAGUUUUGUAUCUUGUAUAAUUGAGUAUUAGCAUCUUAUACUUCAGUUGUCAUUUUCUGUUCUGUCGGCCUGUGCUUUCCCAUCAACACUAGGUGUAGGGUAAAUUCCACUGAAUUAAUUAAUGGUCAUUGUGGUAUUUCAAGUAACUGAUGGUGUUGAAUGUAUCCCAUAGUCAGUACAGAUAAGCACUUUCUUCAGCAUAAGAUAAGCGCCUGUGAGUCACAAAUGUCACUUUAUCAUCAUGUGUAUCCGCCAUGUUACAAAAUAGUAAUUUUCACAUCCUGUGUGAGCCUUUUUGAUAAGCACGAAAUUAAAUUGCUGUGGGUGAAAAUAAAA